AUGGCUGAAAGUAGUGGUAAUGUUGUAGUGUUGAAUAGUGUAAAUACUCAAAAACAGUCAAGUGUUGGACAAAAUACGGAUUUAUCAGAGGAAACCAACUCGCAAAAAGAUAGUGAACUGCCUCUGGAUACCCUACCUGUUAGCCCUCCACAGGCUACCAGAACCGGCACCACUGGACCAAUUUUGGAUCUCAAUUUGAACAAUACCAAUGGUGAUUCAAGUAAGUGCCUUUCAUUCAUUUAA